AUGAGUUUACCAACAGAUUUUGGCCCCGAUUCUGGCGGAAGAGUAAAGGGAUUGGUUAUAGUAAAAGCAAUAGUUUACGGCAAUGUAGCUCGCUAUUUCGGUAAAAAACGCGAAGAAGACGGGCAUACACACCAAUGGACAGUUUAUGUUAAGCCCUAUAAAAACGAAGACAUGUCAACCUAUAUAAAAAAGGUUCAUUUUAAGUUGCAUGAAAGUUACGCGAAUCCAAACAGAAUAGUCACAAAACCGCCUUAUGAGCUAACAGAAACUGGUUGGGGAGAAUUCGAGAUUGUUAUAAAGAUCUAUUUUCAUGAUCCUAAUGAAAGACCGGUAACUCUAUACCAUAUCCUGAAACUAUUUCAAUCUCCUGUGACCGAAGGCACACCUCAAGUAGGAAGAGUUCUUGUCAGUGAGUCCUAUGAGGAGAUUGUCUUUCAGGAACCAACGCAGUUAAUGCAACAUCUUCUGAAUAAUGUUAAACCAAUUACAAACGGACCCUGGACGCAUGAUACAGACUUUGAAGAUAAAAAGGAGAAAACAUUAGAGAAGAUCGUAUCAGCUCAAGGGAAAGUGAGAAACGAAAUUUCGGAGUUGAAAGACAAAUUGCACCUUGCGAAGGAAACAAUAGCAAAGUUCAAAGAUGAAAUUGCCAAAUUACAGAACAAUCCUGCAUCAAAUCUGCUGUCGGUUAUGUGA